GCAGAAACCAGUAGCAUGACCGACUACGAAGCUUCAACGGCUUUCCUCGGAGAAUGGGGUCGUUUCCAGCAGCAGGUGUUUUUCCUCCUCUCUCUGACCAUAAUCCCUAACGGUUUUACCGCCCUGUCCACUGUGUUCCUCGCCGACACGCCGUCCCACCACUGCCUCAUACCCGCGCACCUCAACCUCACCCCCGCAUGGAAGAACAGCAGCAUCCCGCUGGAGAAAGAGAGCAGCCAAGGUGACGCGUUGGUGCGCAGCAGGUGUUCCAGAUACAAACUGGAUGAUAUACUGAGUUUCUCUGAGAAAGGCUUGCUGCCCGGCGUUGACGUGAAUCUGUCUAAUGUGCCGAAAGAAGGCUGCUUGGACGGAUGGGAGUAUGACCAGAGCAUCUACAUUUCUACUAUCGUAUCUGAGUGGGACCUGGUUUGUGAUGAAAGCUGGAAGAACCCACUGACUUCUUCUUUCUUCUUCUGUGGAGCUCUCACUGGUUCCUUCAUUUCAGGACAGCUCUCUGACAGGUAUGGGAGAAAAAUAGUGUUGUUUGCUACCCUGGCAAUUCAGACAUUGUUCACAUUGAUCCAAGUCUUCUCUCCAUCUUGGACCGUGUUCUGCGCUCUGUUCUUUGUUGUCGGGGUGGGACAUAUUUCCAACUAUGUGGCUGCAUUUGUAUUAGGAGCAGAGAUAUUAAGCUCAUAUGUGCGGGCUAUUUUUACCACGGCGGGUGUGAAUCUGUUUUUUGCUGGGGGCUACACGCUUUUGCCCCUCUUUGGUUUCUUCAUCAGGGACUGGAGGAUGCUCCUCCUAGGCUUGGCCCUGCCUGGCUUCCUCCUCGUGCCUUUCUGGUGGUUUAUCCCAGAGUCUCCUCGCUGGCUGCUCACUCAAGGAAGGGUAGAAGAAGCUGAAGCCAUAAUCAGAGAUGCGGCUAAAAAGAACAAGAUUGAGCCUCCGUCAGUCAUCUUCAGUCCCUUGCAGGAAGAACUUAAGCCUGAGAAGAGAAGGGCCCACAUCUGUGACCUGCUUCGUUCUCGAAACAUCCGCUGGAUCUCUGUCAUGCUGUGGCUGAUCUGGAACACCUUGACCAUUGCCUAUCUUGGUCUUUCCCUGAACACGGCAAACCUUCAUGGGAAUGUGCACCUCAACUGCUUCCUCUCAGCUGUAGUAGAGAUACCAGCCUACAUUUUGUCAUGGAUUAUGUUUCGCUGGUGUUCCAGACGGCUGAGUCUGUCCUCAUCUUUGUGCACAGGAGGGUUGUUUCUACUGCUGAUUCAGCUCAUACCAGCAUACAUGUUUUCUGUGGCGAUAACACUGGAGAUGAUUGGAAAGUUUGCCGUGUCGACAGCGUUUUCUUUGGUGUAUGCCUUCACAGCUGAGCUCUACCCAACUGUGCUGAGGAAUACAGCUCUUGGCACCUGUUCCAUGGCCGCCAGGAUAGGCAGCAUCAUUGCUCCAUUCUUCAUUUACUUAAGAAGCUAUUCUGUUUCACUGCCUUACAUCCUUAUGGGAAGCCUUACAACUUUAGCAGGGUUGCUGAGUCUCCUGCUGCCCGAGAGCUUUGGAAUGCCUUUGCCUGAGACCAUUGAUCAAAUGCAGUACUUUCCCGGAUGCUGUCAGAAAAACCCUUACAGUCUCCCAAGCAGCAAAGAACAGGAAAACACUGCUGAAAGAAAGACUCCAUAAAUAACGAGGAAAAUGCAAAUCUGACUUGAUCAUAACACAUUUCUACUAAGGAGCCUCUUUACAGAAAUAGGUAAAAUUAUUGCUAUGUUGUCACUGGAUGUAUAAAAUUAUGUGAGUUCAAGAGGACUGGAUAACUGUUGUAAUGCAAUUUCUCCACAAAACUGAAGAUAUUUUCUCUUUCAUAGCAACAGAAUAUUGUAAGAGGAUGAGUGUAACUAGGUUUUGCAAUAAACAGCAACGGAUUUGUCAUUUUUGACAGUUCGUGUUAUCACAAA